AUACCCCUAUGUGCAGAAGCAGAAAACUAGAGAAGAAGAGAACUUCCGGAAAGCGCACUCUGUUGAUAAUCAUUUGUAAGCGGAUUCUUUCUUUUUACAUGGCUCGUGGCUCGGCGUAGAUCUUGUCACGAUGAAGCUGAACGUGUCCUUCCCGGCAACAGGAUGCCAAAAGCUGUUCGAAGUAACAGACGAGCACAAGCUCCGUGUGUUCUACGAAAAGCGUAUGGGUGCUGAAGUUGAGGCUGACACACUAGGUGAUGAAUGGAAGGGAUAUGUGGUUCGCGUAGCUGGUGGAAACGACAAGCAAGGUUUCCCUAUGAAGCAGGGUAUCUUAACCAACGGUCGUGUGCGUCUGCUCUUGUCCAAGGGACAUUCAUGUUACAGACCACGUCGUGAUGGUGAGCGUAAACGCAAGUCAGUGCGAGGUUGCAUUGUUGAUGCUAAUCUCUCAGUUCUUGCUCUCGUCAUUGUAAAGAAAGGCGAACAGGAAAUUCCAGGCCUGACUGACAAAAACGUCCCUCGUCGCCUUGGGCCAAAACGUGCGAGCAAGAUCCGCAAACUAUUCAACCUCACCAAGGAGGAUGAUGUUCGUCAGUUUGUUGUCAAACGGCCAGUGCGCAAAGAAGGCAAGAAGGAGCGUCAUAAGGCACCCAAGAUUCAGCGUCUGAUCACCCCACUGACUCUACAGAGGAAGAGGCAUAGGCUGGCACUGAAAAAGAGGCGUUGUCUUGCUCGCAAAGAACAGGCUGCCGAGUAUGCUAAGCUUCUGGCUCAGAGACAAAAGGAAGCUAAGGCCAAGCGUCAGGAAGAGCUGAAGCGUCGUCGCAGUGCAUCCAUGCGCGAUUCGAAGUCAUCCAAUCAGUCGGCACCAACUGUAGCCCAAAAAUGAACUGAUUACAAAAAAUAAUAUGCUGUAAACAAUAAAAGCAGUUUCAACAAA